CCGACAGUGGCAAGGCAAAAAGCAAGAAGAAGCCGGCUGCAGAUGAUUACCUCAACUUUGACUCUAAAGAGUCAGAAGAUGAGAAGGAAGAAGAGGAAGACAGUGAAGAUGAAGAUUUGGUUUUCUUUUCGAGAGCGAGCUUAAGAAGGACGCUGUGUGGGGAACAGACAAAAUGCCGAAAGAUAAUAGGGACGAUUAUGAAUAUACGCCCUUGUUGAUUAAACAGCCGGAAGAAACAAGACUGGGUAUAAAGUUUCCAAACAAAUCCCUUCUUCUGGCAACCUUUGCUGCUUGUAUAGGAGGAAGCUUCCAGUAUGGAUAUAACGUCUCCAUCAUUAAUGCACCCACUAAGCAUGUGCAAGAGUUCAUCAACCAAACGUGGACAGUGCGUUAUCAGACCGGAAUUGCAGAGGACGCUCUCACCCUUUUGUGGUCCAUCAUUGUGUCAAUAUUUACCCUUGGAGGACUAGUAGGAGUGUCAGUUGGAGGAACAUUGUCAAUAAAGCUGGGACGGAAAGGGACGUUGUUGACUAACAACAUUCUGGCAAUAACUGCUGCACUGAUGAUGGGUCUGAGCUAUGGAACAGGAUCGUUUGAACUCAUCAUCAUCGGUCGUCUUAUCAUUGGAGUAAAUGCAGGCGUUGGCCUUAUUGUUCAACCUUUGUACUUGACCGAAAUCGCUCCGACUGCCAUCCGUGGCCUCUUGGGAAUGGGGACCUAUGUUUUUCUCACUGGGGGGAUCCUGACUGGACAAGUGAUGGGGCUCAAAGAGCUGCUGGGUAGAGAAGAGUAUUGGCCCAUUCUGCUGUCCACCACGGCUAUCCCAGCGAUCAUGCAGCUCCUGACCCUCCCCUGGUUCCCGGAGAGUCCUUGCUUUCUCCUCAUUGACAGAGGAGAUGAUGAGGGAUGCAAAAAAGCCAUAAAGCAACUCCACGGUGCUGCAAAUUGUGAAAAAGAAAUGGAGGAAAUUGAGAACGAGAGGAACAACCUGGUUGGAAUCUCGGCCAAAAAGCCGUGGGAACUGUUUGCGGACCGCGACAUGCGAUGGCAGCUUAUCACCAUCAUGCUUCUCAAUGCAGCUGAGCAGCUCAAUGGAAUCAACGCCAUCUAUUUUUACACAGAUUAUGUGUUCAGACAAGCAGGAAUUCCUAAUGACAAAAUAUCGUAUGCCACCGUGGGCACUGGUGCCUGUGAAUGCCUCACUGUUUUGACACGUGGUUUGCUCAUUGAGAGGCUGGGAAGGAAGGUGCUGAUUAUUGGGGGAUACACGCUGAUGAGUAUCUGCUGCAUUUUGUUCACUCUGACCAUGACCUUACAGGAAACCAGUUCAGUUUUUCCUUACCUGAGCAUGGCAUGUAUUUUUGCCUUCAUUCUGAGCUUUGGAUUAGGACCUGGCGCUGUGACUAACAUCUUGAUCGUGGAUCUGUUCACACAAAAGUCACGGCCUGCAGCCUACAUGAUUGCAGGCUCCAUAAACUGGACCAGCUUGUUUUUAAUCAGCAUGAGCUUCCCUUUUAUUGUGAUCCAUCUGCAGCAGUACUGCUUCCUGGUGUCUAUGGGAAUAUGCACUAUGGUGGCGAUUUACUUCUUCUUUUUUAUCCCUGAGACUAAGAACAAAACUUUCCUGGAAAUCCAGAAUGAGUUUAAGUCCAGAAACAAAAAGAAGGGCAGCAGCACUGAUGACUCUGGAAUGACACUGUUGGCAUCUUCAGGAUAAAAUCUCAAGAUUGUAGUUUUCCAUCCAUCCAUCUCCUUCUGCUUAUUUUAUUUUAUUAUUUCUGUUUUCCUUUUUCCUGCUUUGUUUGAAUGCUGAUCGUUUUUGAAUGUGUUUUUAGAUAGCUCCAUGAUGUUGUGACAUUUCAAGUUUUUGUCAUUGUUGUAAUCUUUUGUCAAUUUUACUGAAUGGUCACUAAACUUUUCAUGGUCAAAAGCUCUGAAUUGUUCUAGGUGGUAGUAGAGCCCUAUUUUUGAGUGAAACAAAAACUAAAGAAAACUUGUUAUUUGAGGAUUCAAAUGACAUGGGGAGAAUGACGGAGCCAGAACCUGCAGAAAAGUGGAGAAAGAAGAGAAAAAGAAAAAAAUGAGAGAAAAAGAAGGUAAUCCGCUAGUAUUCGAUUUUGCGUCCUUUUCUACUGAUUUUUUCCUCAAGAUGCCUGAGGAAAUGUUGAAAGAACAUGAGUUUCAAAACACAGGCUGUGAUGUCUAUGGAAGAGCAUGAAAGUCCGGAAAUGGAGAUUCUUUUAUAUUUCUUAUUUGCCUGUUUUCUACCCCUUGUCCCUCUCGGGGUGCGUUGAAGUAAUCAUGGACCAGGGUGACAAAAACAUGCAAUUAAGUAAUCAAAAUAAUAUUUUUAAUGCCUUAUCGACACUGUCUAUGCUGGGGAAUGUGCUCCUGUCACCGCCUGCUGCUACCUUGUGGUUUGUAUGUUCAGUUUUCCUUUGUUGGUGCAGCAGACCUGGCUCUUACUUUUUGUCUUCCUCAUAGAGUGCCUGUGUUUCUCUGUGGGCGGAGUUGUGAGCAUACUUGCCAACCCUCCCGAUUUUCCCAGGAGACUCCCGAAUUUCAGUGCCCCUCCC